UAAAACAAAACAUGAAUAAUAGCAACGGAAAUUUUCCUCCGAUUGGGGACGAUGAUAAAGAUAACAAAUCAACACAUAUUGGUGGUGGAGAGUCGAUACCAACAACAACAUAUAAAUUGAUGAUGAGUGAAAAAAAACCUAGUGUUUUUGUGAGGGAUGCCGCAAAAGUAUUAUUUGGAGAAGAAAUAUUACGAAUUAGUACGAUUACAGGAAAACUAAGUAAUAGAAGUAGAAAGUCACAAAAGCUAAAGAUGGAGCAAAAAAAAUUAGAUCCACGUUUAUUGAAUAUCCUUGAAGAUUUCACAACUCAUUAUUCAAAUCAACUAAAGUUCAGUGAGAUGUCAAGUGUGGAAAGAAAUGGCCACAUAUAUAAAAUAGGCACAUACAUGGGCGGACUAAUUAGCGAGCUAAAAUCCAAGUCAUCUCCAUCAAAUGGAAAAGAUAAGAGUAAUGAGGAAAACAAAGAAAAUGAAAAUAAAAAUUCUAAUCCCAAUGAAGAGGAUACUGUUGAUUCAAAUGAUCAUUUCAAUCCCAAAAACAAUGGUGAUUAUAAUGAAAGUGACUACGAUUAGUCCUUUCCAC